UUAGGUUAAGUUAGUGUGUUUGGAUUUGUAAAAUGACUGAUUGCAAGGAUAUUUUUAUUGAAUUUCGUUGUAAAUAAUAAGUAAUAGUGUUCGUAAGUGUAGGUCGGUUACGUGAUCGCGUGGUGGUUUUGAUUGCAGUGUCCCUCGCGUUCUCAUUCAGAUGCCAGUAUAACCUUGACACGUUUUCCCGCGCUAGCACCCCAACCUUGUUUUCAGUUGCACUCUCUUGACAUUUACCGCAAAAGCGGGUUCUCUUUUGCUAAUUAGCGAUACUGUGUGAAUAAAUACUCCUUGGAGAUUGUUAUUAUGGAUGUAAAUACCUACUUCUCUCAAUAAUUAAGUUUGAGUAGUUUAGUCAUGAUGAGUGACGUUAAAAACGAUUGUAGAAUGUUCGUAGCGUAAUAUAGUUGGAAAUAAUUCUCGUAGGAUUAAUGAUUAAGUCCGUAAUAAUGGAAUCCUUGUGACCGUUUGAGUGAGGAGUGAGCCAGCGUCUUCAAAAUGAGAAUUUCAAAAGGUGCCAGCAACAUAGCCCUAGGCCUUGGAAUUAUCAUAGCAACGCUUCUCAGCCUCACCGACUGCGACCUCAUAACCGAAGCACCGAAGACCAAAGAAGUAUACAUUUACCAACGAGAUAGCCCCAAAGAUGUACCAGAGCCUGAACUUCUACCAGUUUUACAUGGCAAUGAUACUAGAUGUCGAAUCUCGGAGUAUUUGUGUGCAAACAAGAAAUGUAUACCGAUAAAUCGAUUCUGUGAUGGUACGAAUGAUUGCGGAGAUUCGUCUGAUGAGCCGAGACAUUGCACACGCUGUAACAAGACUUACUACGGUGAUAUCGGAAGAACAUAUGAGCUGGAAUUACAUCGUCCUCGCGAGGGUCUGGUUCCUUACGUCUGUCUCCUCACUAUCACAGCUGCUGGCGGGAUACAUGGUGAUUUGGUGCAGGUCCUCUUCGAUAGCUUCACUCUUGGGCGCUUCACCUCCUUCACAGAAGACGGCUGUCCAGAUGGCUACAUGCAGAUCCAAGAAGCCAGCAGACCACAAGUCGGAGGCUCGUGGUGUGGAACUUCCUGGGGCCCUUCCAUCUACUACAGCGAAACAAAAUCUAUCACCCUCAUCAUACGACUCUUGCAUUUAUCGAAGGAACAAAAUAACUAUAAUUUCGACUUCAGAAUGGCUUAUAAGGUUUUGAGAAGGGAAUAUGCCACCGUCCGAUACGGAGGGACCCCUCCUUCGGAACGGCCUUUUUUCAAACUGAGGCCAAUGCCUUAUCCCGUAAACAUAUCACGCGGCGAGGAUACGACUGUAGCCAAGACGACAAAAACUCCAGAGUAUUACCUCGGGGAUUUGAUUUCUGGAACUUAUUGCUCACGGAUAUUCAGCGACUGUGAUCGUAAAAAUUGUAGGUUACAGUCACCAAAUUUUCCCGGUGUGUACCCUAGAAACCUGACAUGUUACUAUGCGGUGCGACAACACGAAGUGCCUCAAGGAAAGCACGCCCUUAUAGUUGUUAAACAGCCGAACGGCCAACUAGUUUCCAUUAGGAGCCAGAAGGCUUUGUACGCAGCGCAACAAGAACGGGGUAAUAAUGGACGAGAGCUGAAAUUUUGGCAACAAUGUGACGAAGUUCAAGACUAUGUAACGGUUUACGAUGGCUAUACAACAAGAGAUCCAGUCAUAUUGAGAUUUUGUGGAGGAGGUGUAUCCGUUCCCGAGGCGAUAUCGAGUGGUCCUGAAUUGUUAGUAGAAUUUACGACUUCACCUUUCGGAACGUUUUUACAACCAGUAACGUCACAAUCUCUUCAUGGAUUUCAGCUGGAAGUUGAGGUCAGGUUUGUGGAUCAACAGUCGCCGACGUACGCGAAGAACAAAAGGGCCUGCGAGUUUUGGAUUAGAGGGACAGGCCGAGGGGUUUUGGAACACCCGCAACAUUCCUUGCCUCCGAAUACCACAUGCCUUUACCACAUGCAAGGAAUAGACACCUCUGGCCCCUCGGGUCGCAACAUAAUUUACAGAAGGCCCUCAUUUUCAGCUCCACGUUUCAGAGUGUGGUUUUCAGUAUUGAAAUUUUAUGUGACAAACGCUUUAAAUCCUAACUUGCCCGAGGACGAGUACUGUGGGAGCCAUUUGAAUAUAUGGGAUGGUCCGAUGAGAAUAUCGCCCGGUUGCAGCGAUAUAUUUUGCGACAAAGAGAGGUCAGUGCAGAUGUCUCGGGCGACCUCCCCUCAAUCAGUAAUAGUGGGUCGUCCCCCAACAAAUGCUACCUUAGUUGCAAGGUUCUGUCGGGAGCGUGCCCCAAGGACAUGCGAACACGCGUUAUUACGAAGAUCCAGGGCCUGUGCAAAAACAGAAAGUUUUCUUUCUAAAGGGGACUCAUUGACAUUGGAGCUAAAAUUGACGCAGGGGACCGCAUUGAAACCAGUUUACUUCAAAGCGCUUUAUGAGUUCGUGGACUUACAUCAAGAUGGAGAGCCCUGGGGUCGGGGGUCUUGUUCCAGACGAUUUGCUUCACGUUCGUUCCCAGAAGCACCUCCUGAUCCACCGAUAACGUUUUCAUCUCCACGAGACGUAUUUCUGUAUGGAAGAGGAGGAAAUCGAAAUAUUAGUUGCACUUAUCGCUUCGAAGCAAAUCCCGGUGAAGUAAUAAGAGUUCGAGUAUGGGGGAUACGGAGUGGAGGGCGACUGUGCCGGUCUGUUCAUUCUGCUCAUUCACCAUGGUACCGCUGCGCUGGGGACAUUACUGCAGCCGUCAGAAUCUUCGACAAACCCUGGAGAGACGCUGGUUCAAGAAUACCUAGGGACUGCUUGUGCAGUGACGUUGGCGAUUACGAAUUCACAUCUCUAUCCACGGUUGCUGAGCUCAGAUUUGACGUCGUCAACAUGACUGCUUCUGACGACUUUAGAUCGUUUGGAUUCGAAGCUUCUGUAGAAUUUGUACGAUUGGAAGCUGGAUGUGAAACCUCUCAUCGAGUUUAUGGUGCUAGCGGAGAAUUGAGACUUGCUUCUUCAAAUCCGAUGUCGGAAUCGGAACGCUGUGAACGUCGUCCAUGGCUGAUUGAUCCAUCCCCAGGCCGGUACCUCUACCUCCAAAUCCGAGGAAGCAUCAUCAGGGAACCAGAAUUAGAUAACUUCACUCUUCUAAAUAAUAUCACUGUGGCUCCAGAUAUGAGACACCUUUGCAGAACUCCUAAUCGAAUAGCAGUUUACACUGGAGGUCUUGCUCCUACUUUUAUUUGUCCUGAACCUCCUGAAGAACAGAUGGAAGAUAUGGUGGAAGUUUUCUCUGAUGGUUGGUCCAGAGAAGUGGAUCCUCUUGCUCGACACGUGUUUGCUUCUCCCUCUGCCUCCGAUCACUUCGACUUGGACUGGCCAAGAUCAUUGAGUGUAGAACUCAUUGCUGUAGAACCUGCUUCCUAUUAUGUUACGUGGUUGGAACUUUCUAGAAGACACGCAAGUUCCCACGGCGGCGUGUUCGCGCUGUCGGACGAGUGCGAGUACCGGUGCGCGUCGCUGGACGCCUGCAUCGCGGCGGCGCUGUGGUGCGACGGCACGCCGCACUGCCCGCGCGGGGACGACGAGCGCCUCGCGCACUGCUCCGCCCUGCUGCGGGCGCCCGCGCACCUGGCACUCAUGUUUCUAGCGCUCACACUACUUGCUGCUUUUGCUGUGAUAACCGCAGCUCGUUCCUGCCGGCGGCGUCGGUCCGCGCUGCAGCAGCGGCUGAAGAGCCUGUCGUCAGACACAGCCAUCUUCGACGAAAAAGAAGUGAUUUGCUGACCAAGCGAGGACUCUGUGCGAUACGUGGAAAUAGAUCGUGUCACCACUGUGUGACCGCCUUCCCGCGCAGAGUCCAAACAAUACUUAAUUAUUAUGAUAAAAUUUUCGAAAUGGUGGACAACCACUUCUAAAGGUAGCCACGUAGUAAAAUAUAUUUGACCGAUUCCUCUAAGUAGUGGGUCAAUUGUUGGUUGAUUGAGGGUAUAGCAUAAUGAAUUUGAAUUGAAAUUUUGUGAAAAACAAAAUUGUAACUCAUAGAUAGAAAGUUGUACGAAAAUAAUGCGACCGAUGUCUAUGAGAAGAAUAAUGUAAAUAAAUGUGAUUAUUAAUAAAGUAGAUAAUGUUAGUGCGAAUAUAUUUGGACCAAGUGCUGUCGAUCGGUGGCCAAGACUUGGCCAAACUUGGAGUUGGGUCGUUGAUAUAAAUAAGUUGGUUUUUGAGAUAGUAACCGACUUACAGAUGAUGAAUCGGAAAGUUGAAUAGACUAGAUAUUUCUUAGCUACUUUUGAAAUUUAAGAUAAUACCUACAAGUUGUGUUAUUGUAGUAUCCUCAGCCUGUACUUUGGUCGUAUUGAUGCAAUAGAGAUGAUGACAGGGUAUGAAAAUUAAAAAUCUAAAUCUAAAAUCCGUCAGUUAGGUAAUGAA